UUGGCUGCCUGUCGACAAAAAAAAAAAAAAAAACGGAAAAACAACUUGUGCCUGGGCUCAAUUAUGCUCGCAAGGAUAACAUAAAAGGAAACGACGCAUACAAACAAAAUACACAUACACACAUAUAGCAGCAGCUACGUUUCCAUAGGAAUCGCUGAGAGUGUUGCUUGCGAGCCGAGACUACGAUACACGGCGUAUACGUGCUUUAUUUGCUGCGCUGUUAAUAAACGGCAAGUGCAUGUGCUAAAUUUUGCAUAUUAAAAAACUGGAAAACACAGACAAAAUUUGAGAUUCGAAUUUCGGGCUUAGGUGAAAAAUCAAUAGAGCGAGAGAGAGAGAGAGAGAUAAAAAUAAUGUGUUGAUUGUUGAUGUUGUUGUUUUGCAGAAUGUGCGCCUAGGGAUAAUCAUAACAAGAAAACAAAACAACAAAUUAAAAUAAAUUUAGGUAGAGCGAAAAAGAGAUAGAACAAGGACAUUCAACAUGGGUAACGAAACAUCGCUGCCAAUGGACAUGUGCUCCAAUUUCGAUGCCGAUGAAAUUCGUCGUUUGGGAAAACGUUUUCGAAAACUCGAUCUCGAUAAUUCAGGUGCACUGAGUAUCGAUGAAUUCAUGUCACUGCCGGAGCUACAGCAGAAUCCGCUUGUGCAGCGUGUUAUCGAUAUUUUCGAUGCCGACGGCAAUGGUGAGGUGGACUUCAAGGAGUUCAUCCAAGGCGUCUCACAGUUCAGUGUUCGCGGCGAUAAACUAUCGAAGUUGCGUUUCGCCUUUCGCAUCUACGAUAUGGACAACGAUGGCUACAUAUCGAACGGCGAGCUCUUCCAGGUGCUGAAAAUGAUGGUCGGCAACAAUUUGAAGGAUACGCAACUGCAACAGAUUGUCGACAAGACCAUUUGCUUUGCCGAUAAGGAUGAGGAUGGCAAGAUCUCCUUCGAUGAGUUCUGCUCUGUGGUGGGCAAUACGGAUAUACAUAAGAAAAUGGUUGUUGAUGUUUAAGCUAAGCGGCCAAUAGAGACACCACAUAUACAAACACAGACACACACUUAGACAUAUAUAUCUGUAUCGAUAUAUACAUAUGUAUGUAUAUAUAUAUGGAACUACCAAAGAAAUCAAAUUUUGAACUUCACUUUCAUUCGAGAAAAACCAAAA